AGUGGCUGUGGCGGCAGCGACCGAGGCGGCAGUAUGGAGGGCGAGAGCACGUUGGGGGUGCUGUCUGGCUUCGUGCUCGGCGCGCUCACUUUCCAUCAUCUCAACACAGACUCAGACACGGAAGGUUUUCUCCUCGGUGAAAUGAAAGGUGAAGCCAAGAAUAGCAUUACUGAUUCACAGAUGGACAACGUUAAAGUUGUUUAUACAAUUGACAUUCAGAAAUAUAUCCCAUGCUACCGGCUUUUUAGCUUUUAUAAUUCUUUAGGUGAAGUAAACGAACAUGCACUGAAGAAGGUUCUUUCAAAUGUCAGAAAGACUGUGGUGGGUUGGUAUAAAUUCCGUCGUCACUCGGAUCAGAUCAUGACAUUUAGAGAGCAGUUACUCCACAGAAACUUACAGACACAUCUUUCAAGCCCUGAGCUGGUUUUCCUGUUGUUAACACCGAGUAUAACAACAGAAAGCUGCUCCACUCACUGCCUGGAACACGCCUUAUAUAAACCUCAAAGGGGGCUUUUUCAUAGGGUACCAUUGGUGGUUACCAAUCUGGGAAUGUCUGAUCAACUGGGUUAUAAAACAGAACCUGCUUCCUGUACGUCCACUGUCUUUAGUAGAGCUGUGAGGACACACAGUUCUCAGUUCUUUAAUGAAGAUGGAUCAUUAAAGGAAGUCCAUAAGAUAAAUGAAAUGUAUGCUGCUGUACAAGAAGAGUUAAAGAGUAUAUGCCAAAAAGUUGAACAAAGUGAACGAGAAGUAGAGAAACUAUUGAUGGAUGUAAACCAAUUAAAAGAAGUUAGAAGAACCCAGCAAGCACGGGCUACAGGAGCAGGAGAGAAGAAUGUCCAGAGAAACCCACAGGAGAACAUCCUUCUUUGUCAAGCUUUGCGAACAUUUUUUCCAGAGUCUGAAGUUCUUCAUUCUUGCGUUAUUUCUUUGAAAAAUAGACACAUUUCUCCCAGUGGGUGUAACGUUAACCACCAUGUUGAUGUAGUGGAUCAGCUGACCUUAAUGGUAGAGUAUGUGUACAGCCCUGAAGCUAGUCCAGUGCCCACAGCCCAGCUACGUAAACGGAAGGCUCUAGACACACACGACCAGGGGUCUGUGAAGAGACCACGGCUGCUGGAGACAGAAAGCAGACCUUCUGUGGCAGCGUCCCGCAGCAGGCACCAAGACAAGGCUUCCUCAAGCAGCCUAGAUAUAGACAUAGAGAUGGGGAGCCCAGAAGAUGAUGCUGACUAUCCUCGCUCUCCCACAUUUUAAUUUUUUUUAGACGACAUUUCUUACUAGACUGAGGUUUCGGGCACUUGUUUUAUUUUUACUCUUUGCCUUCUGGAUUAAUACACAGAAAAGUUUGUUUUUACUCUAUUCACCUGUUUGUAAUACAUGGAUAUUUUUACUGUUCAACUGCUUAUAAUAUAUAGGUAAGUUAAUAUUUUAUACAGUAUCUUAAUUCUUACUUAUAUCUCACAUUGUAAAUGCUUUGUAAAUGUGUACAUAUGUAGAUGCAUAGCUAUAAAUACAUAUAUAAGCUUGUGGUUUGGGAACUGUGAAUGGUAGGCAACUUCUCUACCACUGAGCUCCAGUCCAAAGGUGUUUGGUUUUGGUUUUGUUUGUUUGUUUGUUUGUUUGUUUGUUUGUUUGUUUGUUUGUUUGUUUUGUGGGUUGAGGGGUGCAUUGGGAUAGGGUCUCUCUGUGUAGCUCUGGGUGUUCUAAAUCUCACAAAUAUCCACCUCCCUCUGCCUCCUGUGCUGAGAUUAAAGGUGUGUGCCAAUAAGAUGAUUUUAUUUCAAAGCCACAAACCUUUCCGCUCCUCCCACCCCCAAAUUGUCGAGGGAAAGACUUAAAUAGAUACAUUCUUUUCAACUAGAAUAUUCUUCAAGUUGGGAAAAGAGAAACUAGCCUUUUUUCACAACCUGGAAAGAAGCACAGAUGUUCGUAAGCCCAGGCGGGCCUCAGACUUGGUUCAGCUGGCACGGGUAUCUCCUAUCAAGACUGAUGACCUGAGUUGGAUUUUUGAAACUCCCACAGUGAAGGAAAGAACCAACUCUCACAACCUUUCCUGACUUCAUAUAUUGACCAUGGCAUAUACAUGAAACCCCCAUAAAUAAAUGUAGUGAAAAAUGUAAAGUUUGUAAUAUCUUAUUUUUAUAGAUUUUAAGAUUUAAGUUUUUAAGAUUCUUACUGAAGAGAGAACCCAGCAGUGCUUGAGGCCCUUCCUGAGGACUGUAACUCCAGCUCUGGGGAUCCAGUGUCCUCUCGUGCCCUCCAGAGCAUGCACACAUGUGCACACUCACACAUACAUACAUGUGCAUAAAGCACACAGAGUUUUGUUCUGUUUAAACCUGGGCUUAGUGGUGCUCACAUGGAGCCCAGCACUGUCAAUGCAGAGGUAGGAGGCUGCCCGGGACUUGUUAAUCAUCUGGUCUAGCCUAAGUGAACUUUAUAAUCGGUAGAGACACAUUACGGAAGACACCUGAUAUCAAUCUCUGGCCUUCAUAAACUCCUGUGCACACGUAC